AUGACCUUAACAGCAUCACUAGAUGAUCUAUACCUAGGGCUGGAUGAUGACAUAGAAUAUGAUUCUCCAUCAUCCAGAUCACCGGAUGUCUUGGCUGCAAUACCCAGAUCAAGGAUCACCAUGCAUGCUCACCAACCCCUUGCAGAUCAAUCACCUCCAGCUCAAGCUGAUCAUCCAGGUUUUCUCAUCGAUCCAGACUUGUACCUCAGGCCUGAGGAUGAUAUCAUCGAUGUGGAUGAGUUGCCGGAUUCUGCCGAUCCUAAGAUUGAUGUUCUGGCUGCAUCAGAAGCAUCUAUGUCAUAUCGACUUGGUGAUUACAAACACCGUACUGGGGAUCUUCCUGAUCCUUCCAUUCCACUGCUACUUGAGGCUAAGCGACCCUUCUGGAUGGCUUGGGCAGAAACUUCCAACAAACUCAGAAGAGCUGAUGUGGACCUCCAGAGGUUGCAAAGAGCCCAAUGGAUGAGCAUUGAAAUGCUCAAGGUAGUAGACUCACUGAUCAAUUGGUUUGAAGAUCAGAUUCAAAUGUAA